AUGGAGCUGAAAGGAGACCCGAUGUCGCUGGUCGUCGCCUACGACAGUACGACUAUGACCCCUCCUUCGACGAGGAAGACGCCGGCGAACCUCCCGCCGCCGCGGCGCCACAGCCUGCCCCCAUCGGUCCGGCCGAUGCCUCCGUAUCCUCCGACGGCGGUGGGCACCGGUCCUCGGCCUACGCUGCCGCCGGCGCCGGCGCCGGCAGCCAGCCAGAGUGUAGCACCGAUUAAUUCGAGCAAUGUCUCUCUGCCCACACCAUCAUUAGACUUCCCAGAUGUUGCAGAUCUCUUUGCCUGCCCUGCAGACAAUGCAUCAAAGAAGAGAGAAUCAAACGAGUCUGCUCUUCAUGACUCGCGCAGUAAAAUUCCACAGAUGCAAUCACUACCCCGAGACAUGAGAAGUGCUGCAGGGAAGGUGGCAGUGCAGGCGAUGGAGCUUCUCGCAAACGCGAUGAUGAAGAAGUCGCGGCACUUUUGUUUAAGACGAGGAAGGAGCUGUAUUAGUGCAAAUUGUAUGAAAGAGAAGGCGCAGAGCACCUUGACCCUUCAGGAGGGGACUCUCGCGAACCUUCGCGAGCAAGUUUCAACGCUUUGCUCUGAGAAGGCUGCACUUGAGACGCGGAACCAAGAGUUGUCUGAUCGUGAGGCUUCGCUUUCCGAGAGAGGUGCUCUGGCCGCGACGAUUAAGGAGAUUGAGGAGGCGAGGUCAGCUGAUGCCAAGAAGCUAGCUGAUAUGGAGCAGAGGUUAAAAGCUUCUGUAUCCGCGAAAGAGGUUCUUGAAAGUAAGCUGGAAAAGCAAAAUAAUGUGGUGGAUGGCCUCUGGGAGCGGGUAGCGAAGGAAUGGUCAUUAGCUAUGGACCUGAAAAGGAAUGCUGAUGACUUGAAUGAGAAGAUGCAAGCUAUUGAGAAUUUAGGCCACGAGGCGGCCGGUUUAUACAUCAAGAUGAUAGAAUCGUUUGGUGGUGUUAUAGAGGGCAUUCCUGCUGAGGCUUUGCCACACUCUCGGAUUUUGUUUGGAAGGUUGGUGAUUUUGCUGCUUUAUCUGGAGUUCGAAACUUGCUGUCUAUGGAGGAGGCUCUGGGCUGUAACCACCUGGAAGAGUUUGGAAGAAAGAGUUACAAGUUUUCUUCGCCGGGUUCCCAUUUUGGAGCCUGCGCUGGAUGUUGUUCCGCUGACAAUGAUGCGCGAUGGUCUCAAUGUUGAAUGGGAAUUGUGUGAUCUUUGGUAG